AGAGAGACCAAGUCUUAUUCAUCCCUAAAGUCUCCAAACUCAUCAAAAAAAACAAAAAAGUCAAAGUUGGGAAACCUUUUACCGAAAAGAGAGCAGCAAACAAAUGGAGAUUCCAAAUCUUGACUUUGAGUGCGUAGGGAGACCGCCCGUUUCAAACACAAUCAUCAAAUGUUUCCCCCCAUUGCAUUCCUUCUUGUCUUUCUCUUCUCUCCCCCACUCUCAUCAGAGCAAUAAUAAUAAUAAUAAUAAUAGUAAUGGGCGUCGUCACCCUUGCAGAGCCGAUGAAGCCCCACAUUUACGGCAAGCGCUCCUUCCGCCACAGCUCUAGUGUCGGCCGCCACCCCGCCGCCACCGAAUGCAGGCCAAUGUCUGAUGUUACCAGUGAUCUAACAGUAGAAGUGGGAGGUGCAUCUUUUGCGCUUCAUAAGUUUCCACUGGUUUCACGGAGUGGAAGGAUAAGGAAAAUGCUAGCAGAUGCGGGCAAGGAACCGAAGAUUUCGAGGAUGAAUCUGUCAGACAUCCCGGGCGGGUGCGAGGCCUUCGAGCUGGCCGCGAAGGUCUGCUACGGAGUGCCCGUCGACGUUUCACUGUCAAACGUCGCCGUUCUGAACUCCGUAGCCGUCUUUCUUGAAAUGACAGAGGACCUCAGUGAGGGAAACCUCGAAACCAGAACGGAAACCUUCCUCAACGACGUCGUCUUCCCCGACAUCUCCAACUCCAUCUCCGUCCUCCACCGUUGCGAACCUCUCCUCCCGUUCCCCGACGCCGGAACCGGCCUUGUUGGCCGGCUCGUCACCUCCAUCGCGAACAACGUCUGCAAGGAGCAGCUGACGUCCGGGCUGUCGAAGCUCGACGAUCACCACCGCACGCUACCAUUCCUGCCGCCGAAUCCAAACGUCGUCGACGAGGAAACCCUGGCGGAUUCCUGGGGGAAUGCUCUGGCGGUGUUGGGCGUUGAUUUCUUCAAGAGGGUUGUCCUUGCCCUGAGAGGGAAGGGUCUCAAUCAAGAGAUCAUAACUAAAAUUAUGAUAAACUAUGCCCGGAACUCUCUCCUCCGAGUCGACGACCCCCGAUCCGGUCAUACCGCCGAUACGGAGGCGGCGGAGAAGAAACAGAGGAAGAUUGUUGAGGUCAUAACAAACCUCUUACCAAAGAUGUCAAGGAAAGGGACGACGACGGUCCCGGUGGCGUUCCUCUCGUCCCUGUUCAAAACCGCCAUGGCCGUUUCCGCUUCGGCUUCUUGCCGGUCUGAUCUCGAGAGACGCAUCGGCCUGCAACUCGACGAAGCCAUCCUCGAGGACAUCCUCGUACCUUCUUCACCUUCUCCCAAUCCAAGCGGAAAUAAUGAUGAUAGUGAUCACAACAACAACAACAACGAUGAGCCUCUUUUUGACACGGACUGCGUGUCGAGGAUUUUCUCGUUUUUCCUGAAUUUAAACCAGGACGAGGACGAGAAGGACGAGGAUGAUCUCGUGGGGGACGAAGGGGGAAUGGUUUACGACAUGGACAGCCCGGGGUCUCCCAAACAGAGCACGAUCAUUAAGGCGUCCAAACUGAUGGACAUUUUUCUAGCAGAAGUUGCGCUCGAUCCAAACAUGGCCCAUUCGAAGUUCAUAGCCCUCGCAGAGCUUCUUCCCGACCACGCUCGUCCCGCUUCCGACGGACUAUACCGAGCCGUCGACAUUUUCCUCAAGGUUCAUCCCGACAUGUCUGAUUCAGAGAAGCACAGACUGUGUAAGACAAUCGAUUGUCAGAAGAUGACGCAGGAAGCGUGCAGCCACGCAGCCCAGAACGACCGCCUGCCCGUGCAGAUGGCCGUCCAGGUCCUCUACUUCGAGCAUAUCAGGCUGAGGAACGCGAUGGCUGGUAGUGGCGGUGGGGGCGGUUACACCCACCACCACCACAGCUACAAGCACCAGGCGUUCCUCGGCCCGAUGCGGUCGGGUAGCGCAGCGGGGAGCGCGUGCAUAUCCCCGAGGGACAACUACGCGUCGGUGAGGCGGGAGAACAGGGAGCUGAAGCUGGAGGUGGCGAGGAUGAGGAUGAGACUGACGGACUUGGAGAAGGACCACGUUUCCAUGAAGGAGGAGCUCGUGAGGCCGCACCGGGCGGCGGCUAACAACUUCCUCAAAUCGUUCACCAAGAAGCUCUGCAAAAUCAACAGCCUUUUCCGGGGAAAGGGCGGUGGUUCUUCGGAAGGCCGGUGCCGGUUUCAGAAGCGGAGGCGACACUCGGUGUCUUAGCUAGCUUGUUUGACAUAUGGUCAAAUGCAAAUGAAUUUUGAUGAUAAUCAUAUGAUCUUUUUCUCUUUUGUUUGUUUACAUUAAUGAAAAAUUUGCUAGAUAGUAAUUAAGUUUCUCUCGGUAGGACAUUCUUUUAUAGCACAUAUUUUCAUAUGAUUUGCACAUAUUUUUAUGGCAAUUAAGUUUUUCUAAUUAU